GUGUACAGAAAAUAAGGAUUUCAGAAGAAUUUAUUUUCAUUAUCUUUGUUAUAUUAUUAAGAUUCAUAAAGCAUUCAAACGUGCAAAUCAACAUAUGUACAUAUAACGAAACGCAAAGUGCCACUUGGUCCCACUUGUAAUGCUCGUAAUGCUCACAGUGGCCGUAGUGCUCGUCAGUAAGUAUAUCUUCGUUUAGUCUUUAACGAGUAUCCCCACUUCGCGGCGGGGCCGGAAUAACGCAGUAGAGGGGAGUGAAAACUGGUGUGUGUGCGUGUAAAUGCCAGCGUAUGCUGCCCUGAUGCUUGCUUGACAGUGUACGCACCCAAAUAUAUGUGUGUGUGUGUACCCACAUAGCUUUUGAAAGGAAGAGACAGUUUAUACCUCGAAUACCUCCGAGUAUUAGUGCAAAUAGUCGCUUUGAUGAUUCAUGCACAUUUGUGUGUUGUAUGUGUAUAUCAAGUGACCACACAAGAUAAGUUUGCAUUGAAGAUACAAGUCUGAUGCUCAACGAAAUACGUAUUCUUCAUGCUGGAGGAUGGAGGUAGAACCGACAAAUCGCCCAAAGUGGCUGGUGGAACUAGAAAAUCGUAAGCAAAAGCCACGUUUAGCGCAUGAAGCUGGAGCUGGUGCACCAUGCACAAACUGUAAUUCAAUGUGUCCUGGUCUUGAUCUCCAUUUCUGGAGAAAAAUUUGCAAGAAUUGUAAAUGUGGUCGAGACGAUCACGAUGUCGAUGACGAUCAAUUCCCACAAUUUGAUCUACUAUUUGGAUCAAGCGGAAAAUUUAAAAAGAAGUCCAUGCGAUUGCAAGUAAACGAUAAGAAACAAAACGAUGAUGAAACUACAUUCGAGUGGGUGCCGCCGGAUACAACUAAAGAACUUGCUGUGGAUUACAUGAAAACUUUGCCCACGGAGAAAUUGCCAAUUAAAGGAUCAGUUGGUGCCGUUUUGAGAAGGCAGUUGUUGCAGAAACAACUACCGCUUCACGAUAUCGAUUAUAAAGUUUGUGAUCAACUUAGCGAGCAAGAGCAGAAACAAUUUGAAAAAUAUUUGGAAAACAUAAAGAAAUAUGUAGGACAAGGCAAAGUGACGAAAAUGUUCGGUGCCCGUCCAUUCGACCGUUCUCUAAUGACACCUGUCAAUGCAACUGAUAUGCAAAAGUGCAGCAGUCCACAACAUAAAUCUUAUAUACUUUCCACUGGUGUUCAAUUACGUACACCGAGUAGCUUCGCCAUGAAAGGUCCGUAUGCGAGGCACCUGUGUGAUGCUCGUCAAAAUAAACAAGCCGCUGCUACAGCCAUAAAUAACAAUGAGGUCUUAAUGAGGAGUACAGAAGAGUACAAUUGUACAUUGGAUAAUGUGUCCGCCGGUAGCAACAUUGCGAGAUCGCAACCAAUCGAAGGGAAAUUGAUUUAUGAAAACCUUCAACGUGAUACCACAUUGCAGGUAGAUGAAAAAAACGCUGCAGUAGAUGACAAGAUAGUUAAUUCUUCGAUUUUCACACAUCUCGCUGAGCAAGAAAUCGUAUCUGCUCGUGAAAAGCAUACUUGUCGAAAUUACGUACCUUACGGAGGAAAUGCUUUCGAGCGACACGGAGAAACGUUGAAUCACGUCGAUACCACCAUAUGCAUCGCAGCACAUGGUGGAGAAGCUAUUAGUGAUGAGACAGUUUUCUCCGCGGAAUCCAUGUUUGCGGACGCGCUUCUUUCACCCAGUGCUAUACAUGCCAAUGAUAUUAUCGGAAGCACAUUGGACGAGAAGGGAUUGACAUUUAUAAGGGAGAAACUUGCCGACAAGUAUAAUAACGUCGCGAAGAAUCCAGCAACGUACGCUGUGUCUAAAUUCUCCCGACCGUUAGACACAGUAAGUGAUGACGUAUUACGUCCACGUGAUGGUGGAGUUGAGGAAAAUAACAAUCCUGCUUGUAUUCUGCAUGUUGACAAGCCUGUAGGGACAACACUACCUGUUAUCGCUGCUAUGAAUUUACUCCCUGCGGCAAACCUCGCAGAAAAGGCAAAAGUAAGGAGCACUGAUCCUUACGAAGCAGAAGUAGAUAGAAAAAUGUUCAAUAAAGUCUCUCACUCUCAAGCAGUUGACUCGACUAUUGUACCUGAUAGUAUCAAAGGAAACGAACGAAAGUCGCGAUGCGAUUUGCUGUCGAAUAACAAAACCGCAAAUAACGAUCCGUUCCCGACGGAUACAUUUCAAGCGACUUCCAUUACGGAAAGCACUAUACGAGAUCCACACACAUUAUCGAGCAAACAUAAUUCUACAGAUCCCACAUCUACGAUUCCCACGAAUGUCGUUCUAUCGGCAAAAAUUAUAGAAACUCCUGAUUCGCAAAAUCCUAUCGAUGUAUAUAUAUCCAAUCCGUUGCAAGCCGAGUUGAGUAGUUCGGUCCUGCAAUCGUCGGUGAUACAUUCCGAGCAAUUGCAAAACCAAGUGUUCCCUCACACCCUCGUUGGAGGUGAUACGCAACUUACGGACUCUCUACAAGAGGCCAUUGAAGGUUUAAAGAUAGACUCGACAAAAAUGCACAAGUGCGAAAAAUGCCAUGACAACAUUCGCGUUGGCGACGUAGUUGUAAUCGCGGAGAAGGCUAAUAACGCAUCCUGGCAUCCUGGCUGCUUCGUUUGUUCAGUAUGCAACGAAUUGUUGGUGGAUCUUGUGUAUUUUUAUUACAAGAAUAACUUGUAUUGCGGAAGAGAUUUGGCUACGUUUCUCGGAAUCCCUCGAUGUUUCGCUUGCGACGAGUUGAUCUUUGUACGGGAAUAUACGGUUGCAGAGGGACAUAAUUAUCACGUGAAGCAUUUUUGUUGCUGGGACUGUGACAUGCCAUUGGCUGGGCAACAAUAUAUUACCGAAAACGAUCGACCACUGUGUCUUCCUUGUUAUCAACAAUCAUACGCAAAAACAUGCGCUGCUUGUAAUAUAGUGAUUGCCGCUGAUCAACAAGGAGUAGCUAUAAAAAAUUUAAAUUUUCAUGCAACUCAAGUCUGCUUUUGCUGCUACAGCUGUAAGAGAAAUCUACUCAAUGGCAGAAUGGCGAUAAAGAAAGAUAAAUUGUUUUGCAGUAAAGAAUGCAUCACCAAGUUUUUCAACUAGUGAAUCAAUAGAUAAAUAAGAUAGAAAAAGUCCAUCUUUCGAUAUGUUGUUUUUCUUGUAAGAAAAAUACUAUUAUAAAUCCAUUGAGAACAUAAGUAAGAAAUAUCAAGUGCAAGUGUUUACU